CCCAGCUUGAGUCUUUGCGCCUUAAUCGAAGCACUAUUUGUGUCAAGCACUCAGCACGCAGCCUUCGGUAAUAUCUCGUCUGAUCAUCUACGAGUCAACCACAUAAACUAUUGUUCAGCAUUCUAUCGAUCCCGCACACCACUAUGUUCGCGCCAUCCGUCAAGACUUACGAGAUGAACAGACGUAUGGAUGAAUAUGGCGGAGAAGAAUUUGACCAAGACUCAGGAAAUAAUACAGAGCCUGGCCCCUCUAUAACUUCCUCAGGCGCUAUUGGCACGAGUAAUGAAGCACCGGCCACCCCAAGUAGUGAGGCUGUCCUUGAAACACACCUGGCGCCCAUCGCUAUUGUUGGUAUUGGCUUGAGAUUACCUGGCAACGUCUCUACAACUGACGAUUUUUGGGAUCUCUUGGUCAACAAAAAAAGCACUAGAUGCCGCGUACCCGGGACCCGCUUCAAUAUAGACGCAUUCUACAGCGAUUCCGGGAAGCCGGGCACUGUGAAUAGCAAGUACGGCCACUACCUCGACUGCGACAUCGAAAAGAUGGACGCUUCCUUCUUCUCUAUGAGUAAGGCUGAAGUUGAGAAGCUGGAUCCCCAUCAGAGACUGCUCCUUGAGGUCGUUUGGGAAUGUAUGGAGAAUGGCGGCCAGAGGAACUGGCGUGGCGCAAACAUUGGCUGCUACGUUGGUGUCUAUGGCGAUGACUGGUUAGAUCUCUCUGCAAAAGAUCCUCAGCGUUUAGGAAUGUACCGAAUUACCAGCUCUGCAGAGUUUGGUGUUGCGAAUCGGUUAUCGUACGAAUUUGACCUCAGGGGGCCAAGCAUGACAAUCCGCACUGCAUGCUCUUCCUCGCUGGUCGGGUUACACGAAGCAUGUCAAGCUAUCUACUCAGGCUCAUGCAACUCUGCCGUAGUGGCCGGUGCAAACAUCAUUGUUUCUCCAACCCUCGCCGUUACACUGACUGAGCAAGGCGUCAUCUCGCCUUCAGGUGUAUGUCGAUCAUUUGAUGGCAAGGCCGAUGGAUACGUCCGAGGCGAGGCAGUCAACGCAGUCUACAUAAAGAAACUGAGCGAUGCCCUGCGCGACGGCGAUCCUAUCCGCGGCGUGAUUAGGGCCACCGGGACCAACUUUGACGGCAAGACGAGCGGCAUCACGAACCCUAGCAGGGAAAGCCAAGAAGAACUCAUUCGACGGACAUAUCGCGCAGCGAACAUCCCGAGCCCUGGGGAUACGGGCUUCGUGGAAUGCCACGGGACCGGCACGACGGUAGGUGACCCUUUGGAGACGACCGCUGUUGGGAGAGUUUUUGGCGGACGAGGAGAUGUCCUGAUCGGCUCUGUCAAACCAAAUGUUGGGCAUUCCGAGGGGGCAUCAGGACUCACCAGCCUGAUCAAGGCCGUUCUGGUGCUGGAGAAGGAGACGAUUCUGCCAAACAUUAACUUUUCUGAUCCAAACCCAAACAUAAGAUGGCAAGAGUUUGGUCUCCGAGUGCCAACAGAGGCUUUACCAUGGCCUACAGGCCGUGUAGCUCGCGUGUCAGUGAAUAAUUUUGGAAUUGGCGGCACAAAUGCACACGUAAUUGUAGAUUCACCGAAGCUGUUCCAGAGGGAGAAGGUGAAAACCGCAGCGCACCAACCGCAUCUCCUCUUGUUCUCUGCUCAAAACCCUGAAUCUCUAAAGAGACAGAUCUCCCAGGUCGUCGAGUACGCCCGCAGGCAUGAAGACCGCCUUGCGAACAUCUCUUACACGCUGGGUGCCCGGAGAGAGCAGCUGGCCUAUCGAGCGUUCGCGGUUACCCAAGAUGGUUGUCCCUUCCAACCGUCCCAAGUAGUUCAUAGCACGGUAAAGAUGCCUAGACACGUCAACUUCGUCUUCACCGGUCAGGGCGCUCAAUGGGCCAACAUGGCCAUCGAUCUACUGGGCGACUUCCCCUCGUUCCUUGCCGAUAUCAAACACAUGGACAGAAUCCUCCAAGAGUUGCAUCACGCACCACUAUGGUCAAUGGAGGAGGAACUCACACGUCCCCAGGGUCAGAGCAGAAUUGACCAGCCCGAAUUUGCGCAACCCAUCUGCACCGCCAUCCAAAUCGGAAUUGUUCAUUUGCUACGAUCAUGGAACGUUCAGCCAGUGGCUGUGGUAGGCCACUCGAGCGGCGAAAUCGCUGCCGCAUAUGCCGCUGGUCUGCUGACCCUCGAUGCAGCCAUGGCCGCUGCAUACUACCGUGGACAGGUUACAAGACAGCAACUUCGCUCUGGGGCCAUGGCUGCAGUUGGACUUGGUCCUUACGCUGUGAAGGAGUAUCUUGAAACAAGUGUUGUUGUCGCUUGCGAGAACAGCGCUUCCAGCUCAACGCUCUCCGGCGAUGCGGAUGUUCUAGACUCGGUUCUCGAGAAGAUCAAGCUUGACAGACCUGGGUGCUUUGUACGCAAGCUCAAAGUCGACAAAGCCUAUCACUCACACCAUAUGCAAGAAGUCGGCGAUUUGUAUGAGACGCUUCUCCAGAACUCCAUAGCGCAUACUAAGUCGCCCAUCGCCAUGUUUUCAUCAGUCACUGGUAAGCGAGCCACGAAGUCUCAGCUAGAGCCGUCAUACUGGAGGAUGAACCUUGAAUCCCCCGUUUUGUUCUCCUCUGCAGUGCGGUCCAUGUUGCUGUCUACAACAGAGGACGUUUUGUGCCUCGAGAUCGGACCUCAUUCGGCACUGUCGGGUCCUCUUCGCGAUAUCAUUAAGUCCGUCGACUUACAGAACUCUGUCAUAUACGUGCCCACUCUGCUCCGGAAACAGAACAGUACCCAGUCACUGCUUUCUUGCUUGGGACAACUCUUCCAGUAUUCCGUCCGCGUCGACAUACCGACCACACCGGAGAGCACUGUUCUCAUCGACCUGCCCAAUUACCCCUGGCAACGCGAGGAAACGUACUGGAACGAAAGCCGUGUAUCGCGGGAAUGGCGUCUGCGCAAGUUUCCUCCACACGAACUUCUCGGCAUCCGUGUUCUUGAGAGCGACAGUACAAGACCAACGUGGAGGAACGUGCUGAAAUUGAAUGAUGUCCCUUGGAUCACAGACCACCGGAUCAAGGACGACAUCGUGCUUCCAGCUGCCGCUUAUUUGUCCAUGGCCGGAGAAGCGGUUCGACAAAUUGCAGACCGUCCGAUGACCGAUUUCUCUCUCCGACAAGUCAACAUCAAGGCUGCGCUUGUCCUACUGGAAGCGGAUGGCACGGAGAUCAUGACACAUUUAGCCCCCAUGCGCCUCACAUCAAGUCUGGAUUCUGCCUGGUACGAAUUCACCAUCGUCUCUCAGCGUGGCACCGCCUGGGUCGAACACUGCAGCGGACAGGUCAAAGCUGGCAACGGAGUGGCCAUCAUCGUGGAUGACAUGGAAACUCCUAAACACCCUCGACUCGUAUCAAGCCAGGCACUAUACAGGAGUAUGAGCAGCGUUGGUCUCAAUUACGGCCCUCGGUUCCAAGGACUGAAGGACAUCUCUACAAAGCCAGGCUCGGGCUGUAUCACAGCGAGCAUUGACGAUGACCAUGACCCAAGCGAAGACAGCUACCUGCUGCACCCGACCACAAUAGACUUCUGUUUACAGCUACAAAUUGUUGCAGCAGCAGAGGGACUCCCGCGUCAAAUCAAGCACAUCUGCAUGCCUACAUACAUUGAAGAAAUGUAUGUAGGGCAAGGCUCCUCGGAGAUGCUGAUCACAGGGCAUGCCACCUCAUCGUUUAAGGGAGAUAUUCAUGGCUCCGCGAAAGCAACAGGAGAUGAUGUCUUGGCAUUGUCGAUAAAAAACGCACGCUUCAGCGUUCUUAACGACAGUGGCCCUGGCCAAGAUAUAGAUACGGUGGCGGCAGCACCGCUACAGUGGAAACCCGACGUGGAUUUUGAGUCCCCGGCUGAUCUCAUCCGUCCGCGCAAGUGUCUCCGGGAGGUGUUGUCGAAGCUCGAGAGACUCACCCUUCUAUCCAUUGUCAAGACUCUUCAUCUUGUCGAGGACACACAGAUCACUGGUCAUCUGUACAGGUUCCGCUACUGGCUAGCAGAUCAGCGUACAAGAGCCGCAAAGGGCCUGUAUCGCCAUGUCAGCGAUGCCAAGGCAUUGGCCUGUCUCACUGAGCCAGAACUGUCUAUGGAGAUCGAGGCCACAAUGGAAGACGUGCGGAGAACGAGUGGCCUGGAGGUUGCCGAACUCAUUGAGAGAGCCACGUCAAACGCCCCGAGGAUUUUCAACGGCGGUGUCAAACCAAUAGAGGUUCUGAUGAAGAACGACGGCCUUGGGAAUAUCUACAAGUUCAUCCAGUCCCUCUGUGAUGCGACGCCGUUUUUCGAGCUUUUAGGUCACGCCAACCCGGGAAUGAAGGUACUGGAGAUCGGCGCCGGGACCGGAGGCACCACGGCGGAGAUCCUCCGUGGGUUUACCAGCGAUGUGGGCGAGCGCACGUAUGCGCAGUUCGACUUCACAGAUAUCUCCACUGGCUUCUUCGCGGCAGCGCAAGAAAGGUUCAAAGGCUACAGCAAUAUCGACUACAAGGUGCUUGAUAUCAGCAAGGACCCGACUGCGCAGGGCUUCGAGGCCGAAUCUUACGAUUUCAUCAUUGCGUCGAACGUCCUUCAUGCCACUCCACGUAUCCAGACAACACUGAGGAACGUGCGCAAGCUAAUCAAGCCGGGUGGCAGACUCUUCCUUCAAGAGCUGAGUCCAGAAUGGCGCAUGAUCAACUUUAUCAUGGGCUUCCUCCCUGGCUGGUGGCUAGGUGUAUCGGACGACCGACCCGAACCAUAUAUUUCUCCAGCUCGAUGGGACUUGGAGCUGCGGGACGCCGGCUUUUCGGGGACCGAUGCUGUGGUAUACGACGACGAAUAUCCCUAUCAGAUCAACGCUAACAUGAUCUCGUCGACAACUGUUCCGGCCCUCCCACCCAAAGAUGUUUCCAUUCUUGCUGGGCCUGGCUCUGUUCCAGCCAGUCUCCUACAAGAAACUCUAGCCAUGCGUGGCUACAGGGUGCACCUAUCAUCUCUUGAUGACGUCCCAAAACCCGACAUGGAUGUCAUUUCGCUUCUGGACCUGGAGUCGCCCUACUUCCAUGACAUCUCGGAUGAGAGAUUGAAGAAGUUGCAAGCCUACUUGAGUGCGCUGUCCCCCGCCACUGACAUCUUGUGGGUCACUGGACAUUCCCAAGUCAGCUGCGCCGACCCGCGUUACGCCAUGUGUAUCGGCGCCAUACGGACCGUUCGUUCGGAACUCUCGUUAGAGAUUGCCACGUUGGAAAUCGACGUCCGAAGUGCUCUCGACACUGAGAAGGUUGCUGAUGUGUUCCUCAAAAUAAGACGCCGGUCGUCGCCCUCGGGCUUGGAUCCCGAUAGAGAGUUCGCAGUGCUUGGCGAUAGGAUCGUCAUCCCGCGGUACAACUGGAUCAACGUGCGUGAGAAGCGCGUUAGAAGUACUGAAAACAGCACAGUGAAGCUCGAAACAGGUCGUGCAGGACAGCUUCGAAGCCUGCAGUGGGUGCCCAAGGCCGUCGUUGACCUGAAGGACCACGAGAUUGCAAUCGAGCCCAUUGCAGUGGGAAUGAACUUCAAGGACAUAAUGGUGUCUAUGAGGCUGAUCGAGACGGCCACACCCGACCUCGGGUUGGAAUGCGCCGGUAUAGUCCGCGAGAUUGGACCUGGGGUUGAAGAUUACAACGUGGGCGAUCGAGUCAUGGCAUUUUCUCACGGCUGUUUUGCCUCACGGAUCGUUUGCUCGACAGACGAAGUGGUCACCAUGCCGGAAACACUCUCCUUUGAGGAGGCUGCAACGGUGCCUUGUGUCUACUCAACCGUGAUACACUCGUUGCUCACUGUCGGGGGCCUUGAACGAGAUCAGUCCGUAUUGAUCCAUUCCGCAAGUGGCGGUGUCGGAAUUGCCGCAAUACAGAUCUGCAAGAUGAUUGGAGCCAAGAUAUAUGCCACAGUUGGAAGUCCUUCCAAGGUUCAGUCUCUUGUGGAUGAUUUCGGCAUACCACGGAGUCACAUCUUCAGCUCAAGAGACCCGUCCUUCUACUCGGGUGUCAUGGCCUCGACCAAGGGUUCGGGUGUUGAUUUGGUGUUGAAUUCCCUGUCAGGCGAGCUCCUACACCUCUCGUGGAAGUGUGUUGCCAAGUUCGGCAAGAUGCUGGAGCUCGGAAAGCAAGACUUUCAAGGCCACGCGAUGCUUGGGAUGGAUACCUUUGAGGCGAACCGGACCUUUUGCGGAAUCGACCUUGCGCAGCUGGCUCUGGAGAGACCAAAGGUUCUCAGAGGGCUACUCCAACGUUGCAAGGGCCUUCUUGAGGAGGGCAGUAUCAAGCCUGUCAAGCCGAUCACCAGCUUCAAAGCACAGGACGUUGUCGAGGCCUUUAAGUAUCUGCAAGCAGGAAGCCACAUUGGAAAGGUAGUGGUCACAAUGCCCGAUCACAUCAGCGAGCUACCGCUGGCGUCCGUUGCUCCCAAAACCCAGUUCCGCCACGAUGCGUCGUACCUACUGAUCGGCGGUCUCGGUGGGCUUGGUCGCACUAUCUCAACGUGGAUGGUAGAGAACGGCGCUCGUCACAUGGCCUAUCUAUCGAGGUCGGCGGGACAGUCGAACCGGGACAAAGCAUUUAUCCACGAGUUGGAAUCUCAGGGUUGCACGGUGCAGUGCUUCAUUGGGAGGGUCGAGGACCCAGAGGCCGUGACGAGGGCAGUCCAAAGAGCGUCCAAGCCCAUAGCAGGAGUGCUUCAUAUGUCUUUGGUGCUGAGGGACCGUAAUAUUCUGAAUUACACCCACGAAGACUGGCACGCAGCGAUCAAGCCAAAGGUGGACGGCGCAUGGAACCUACACCAUGCGUUAGCCGAUACGAAACUGGACUUCUUUGUCCUUUUCAGUUCGAUCUCCUAUGUUAUCGGCCAAGCAGGUCAGGCCAACUACGCUGCCGCGAAUGGAUUCCUCGCCGCUUUUGCCCAAUAUCGCCAUGCGCAGGGCCUCCCGGCGUCUGUCUUGGACAUUGGGAUCAUGGAGGGCGCCGGGUACAUUUCAGAAAACUCGACUGUUCUUGAACACUUCAAGGCGCUGAACUACCACACGCUGAAAGAGGAAGACCUCCUGAAAGCCUUGGCACACUCGUUAACGCACCAGGAUUCACCGAAGCCGGCAUCCGAUGGAAAAUACGUCAACGUGGCCCACAUCGCAGUCGGCCUGGGCAGCAGCAAGGCUCUUGAUGACCCAAGCAACCGGAUCUCAUGGAAGAGGGAUGUCCGAAUGACGGCAGCUCACAUUAAGGACUCGGCAAUGACAUCACAGACGGCGCCGGAAAGCCGGGGUCUCGCUCAGUUCUUGGGCGGGCUCGCUUCAAACCUAGCCGCGCUGGAUACGACAGAGACACGGGAUUUCCUGACGGCCCAAAUCGGCGAGUCCAUAUAUGGGAUGAUGAUGAAGAAGAAAGAGGACAUUGAUGUGGACAUACCCCUCGCCGUCCUUGGGGUCGAUUCGCUUGUCGCAAUUGAGAUUCGCGAUUGGUGGCAUCGCACCUUUGGCUUACAUGUCAACGUAUUGGAAAUCAUGGGGGCUAGUAGCAUUCGGAUGCUUGGCAUAAUGGCAGUGGAUGGUAUCAAGCAGGCUCGGCUUCGCUGAAUCAUCGGGAACGGAACGUGAAUUGAGUAGUCAGGUUGUCUUUGCCUAUGCACAGACACCGGCGUAGAGGGACUAAGCUUUCGCUGUCUUGUAUAUGUUUGAUUUUGUAUGUCACAAUCAUCGGUGAGAUUGUCUAUUCCUGCUUGUCUGGUGUGUAGCGAUG